UAUCGGAGCGUUUGAGUAGGGUUGGGUUAGGUCUGGAGAGGGAAAGAGGGAUCAGAUGGCGAAGUUCAAUGUAGUGCAGAAGAGAAGAAGAGCACAAAUAGCCGAGAGCAAAAGAGCAAUACACGGAGACCCAUUAACUAAAAAGCUUAAGAUCAAACCUCAGCCCCACUCUGUCUCUGGAAAGCGCAAGCGCAAGCUCUUAAAAAAUUGGCGGCGAGAGCAGAAGGAGGCUGUAGACAAGGGUUUGGUCACUAUGCAAGACGUCGAAAUGGCUUUUGCGCAAGGUGAGGGCACGUCCAAAGAUGUCAAGAGGACACCAGCAAAAUUUAACAAGAAGGGCCUGAAGCUUAAGCAAUUGAAGCGCAAAGGUAAGAACAAAACAAAGCCUAAGCCAGCUGCUGAAAUUUCUGUGGAUGCCAUGGCAGAAUGAGAAAUAUGAGGAAGCUGUGGUAUGACAAUAGCUGGUCUGUUUUUGGGAGGACAUAAGUGUAGAGACCUAUUUGCCUUAUCAUGUGUACUCAGGUGUAAAAUUUCUAGUCCAGAACUUUUGUUGGCUCUUUCAUUUUAUGACUGGAAAGUCAUGGAUCCGUAUGAGUUUAGCUAGUAGUAAGGGGAAGGCCAGCGGAGUUUGAAACUCUGAAAUGAAUUUGUUAUGAUGCUACAGAUUGUUUAUUAGGUAUCUUCCAUGCGCCAAGGAUAUUUUUAUCUAGCUGUAACAAUAUUUUUCAACAAGCAUUGAAUUGAAUUUUGUUGCUAUGCGAAAUUUGCUA